AGAGCUCCCGAGCUAGCCUCCUCUUUCUCAACCAUGUCCCUUCACUUGCUUGCUUUGUUUACUCUGAUGUUUCAAUCUUGUAAAUCUGUUUCAUCAUCAUUGGGCAACGAAACGGAUCACUUGUCUUUAAUCAAAUUCAAGGAAUCAAUAUCCAGUGAUCCAUAUCACAUCCUGGACUCUUGGAAUGCUUCAACACAGUUCUGCAACUGGCAUGGAAUCUCUUGUGGUCACAAACAUGAUAGAGUUACUCGGUUGGCUUUAAACGGAUAUAAAUUAUAUUGUCUGGGCCAAUAUCACCUUUCAUUGCCAAUCUCUCCUUCCUAAGAGUCAUCGUUCUUGACAACAGUAAUUUCCACGGAGAAAUUCCACAAGAUUUCGGUCGUUUGUUCAGAUUACAGAAGCUUCUUGUCCAAAAUAAUACGUUGACGGGAGAAUUUCCGAUCAACAUCACAAGUUGCUCUAACCUCAAGCUCUUGGCUUUUGGAGGGAAUCAUCUCGUUGGAAAAAUACCAAUGGAGAUUGGCUCUCUCCAUAAGCUUGAAGGAUUCUUUCUUUGAGUCAUAAUAACUUGGAGGGGAGUAUACCUGAAGAAAUAGGCUGGUUGAAAAUUUUGACAGUAUUUGCGGUAUCUUUCAACAAACUUUCAGGUGCAAUUCCUUCUGCUCUUUACAAUUUGUCAUCUCUCAUUGUCAUGGACCUUGCACUAAAUCACUUCAAUAGCUCUCUCCCGUCCAAUAUGUUCUUGAACCUUCCUAAUCUACAAGUCCUGGGACUUGGAGGAAAUCAAUUCACAGGUCCUAUCCCAGUGUCCAUAGUAAAUGCUUCUAUGCUUUCAGGUAUUACAAUACCAAAAAAUCAUUUCACCGGACCAGUUCCAAAUCUAGGAAAGUUGCAUAAACUUUCUUAUCUAGAAUUGUUUUCCAAUAAUCUUGGAAGCAACUCCACUACUAAAGACUUAGAGUUCUUUGAAUCCUUGAUGAAUUGUAGUGAAUUGAACGAACUAGUUUUGACUUUCAAUAAUUUCGGAGGUCAUUUACCAAACUGCAUGUGCAAUUGGUCCACCCACCUCACAUCAAUCUAUCUUCAAGAUAAUCAAUUCUAUGGCCAAAUUCCUGAAGCACUUGGAAAUCUCCUUAGCUUGAGAUCACUGAGUAUGGACAAUAAUCACUUAGCUGAGAUCAUCCCGACAACUCUUGGGAAGCUUCAAAGCAUGGAAUUCUUAUCUUUAUCGGCAAACAAAUUGUCUGGAAAAAUUAUUCGUUUCAUAGGUAACCUCACUCGGUUAUUUCACCUAGAUUUGUCAAAUAACAUGUUAGAAGGACAGGUUCCUCCAAGUAUAAGGAAUUGUGAAAGCUUAGUAUAUCUUGAUCUGUCACAAAACAAUUUUCGUGGGGCAAUAGUCCACGUGAUGGGUCUUCCAUAUUUAUCAAUCUUACUUAACUUGUCACGUAACUCAUUUAUUGGCCAUCUUCCUAAUGAGGUGGGAAAGUUAACAAAGAUUGAUAAAUUGGAUGUCUCUCAUAAUCAUUUAACUGGAAAUAUUCCUCAAACCAUUGGAGAUUGUCAAAGCUUAGAGUAUCUCUGUUUGCAAGGGAACUUCUUUCAAGAAGACAUCCCCUUAUCUUUGGCUUCAUUGAAAGGUUUGAGAUAUCUAGACUUGUCACAAAAUAACUUGUUUGGAUCAAUUCUAAAAGACCUGCAAGAUAUUGCUUUGGAGUACCUAAAUAUUUCUUUCAACAUGCUUGAUGGGGAGAUACCAAGAAAAGGUGUCUUUAGCAAUGCAAGCGCAACAUCGCUUAUAGGGAAUAACAAGCUUUGUGGAGGCAUAUCACAGUUGGAGCUGCCACCAUGCCCUAUCAAAUCUAAUGGACAAAGAAAACAUCAAAACUUCAAGUUGAUCAUAUCAACAUGUUGUGUGAUUGCUUUUCUUCUUCUGGCAUCUAUUGUUGCUAUUUAUCAUUGGAGGAGAAGAAGCAAGAAAUCUUCUUUGAGUUCACCAACAAUUGACAUGAUUUCCAAAGUAUCAUAUCAAAGUUUGGACAAUGCUACAAAUGGAUUCUCUGUCAAAAACUUGAUAGGAUCUGGAAGUUUUGGCUUGGUAUAUAAGGGAAGUCUUGAGUCUUAAGAGGUUGUUGCGAUAAAGGUUAUUGACCUUCAAAUAAAAGGAGCUCACAAGAGUUUUAUUGCUGAAUGUAAUGCACUUAGAAAUGCAAAGCAUCGAAAUUUGGUAAAAAUAAUAACAGUUUGCUCUAGCAUAGAUUACGAGGGCUAUGAAUUCAAGGCUCUAGUUUAUGAGUAUAUGGUGAAUGGAAGCUUAGAAAAUUGGUUGCACUCCAAUACAGAAAAAUCAGAUGAUGCAAGAGUUUUGCUUCUUGAUCAAAUAAUAAAUAUCCUCAUUGAUAUUGUGUCUACUAUCUUCAC